AUGCGACCUCUAUACCUCUUCGCGCUCUGCAUGAUUGGUAUGCCGCUAGUCUGCGCUGAUCUGACCUCUGCGUUCAGACAGCCAGAGGUCACGACUCCUGGUGAUCGCGCACUCGAGCACGAGAGUCCGCUGGCGACUCAUUCGACAAACGGGAUUGAAUCAGAAGACCGGGCAAACACGUCCGGGUUUGUCGGCAAGCUGGCUGAUACGUUCAAGUCAAUCAUGGCCAAGAUUGAUGCCAUCCUCGCUUACCUUUUUACGUCGGGAAAGACCAAGGAGCGCAUGGACAACUUGUCGCGGACGAUCAAUGCCAAGCUCAAGAAAAGGCUACAACCAUCCGACAACGAUUACAUGAUCGACAUUCGCCACAAGAAAGGAUUGAAUAAGCUGUUCUCCGAGACAGGUCAUAUCACUUUCUUCGACGAGCACAUGAGAUUCCUGGAACACUACCCUACCUCUACGCUGUACGAUUUUCUUCGAGAUCUCAUGCAAGAGGAUGAGUUGGCAUUCUUGAUCCUGCACGCAGAAGGAUCCCAUGCAAAUGUAGGGGAGAUCCGAACGUACCAAUUCAGUCAGUGGAGUCGGUAUCCUGACAACACCCCUAAAAAACUUGUACAGCGAUUGCUGCUUUCGUUGCCCAAAGGAGACGUGAAAAGGAUCGUAGGCAGUUACGAUAAGCACAUUGAAAAGAAUGGGUAUCUGCAUCGUUUAGUGUAG